AUGUCUACAAGAGCCAAAUAUAUAUUAAGAUUAGUACGUGACCAGUUAACAGAAACAAAAGAUGAGAAUACUGAGGUCCUUCCAUCCACUUCUAAACAAUGUUAUAACGAUUCGGAAACAGACUCUGAUCCCUAUUCUCCUGAUCACUCGGAAUAUGAUCCGGACUCUGAUGAUUCUUCUGACAAUGAACUUGCUCUCGGAAAUGGAACUUUUCAAACUAUUAACAACGACUUGCAUGACAUGGAAGAGUUGCCUGUUACGACAGAUAAGUCAAGAAAGAGGAAAAGAAAUGAACAAAACUGGAAAAGAAAUAUUGCAAAAUCAAGAAAACAACGCGGCGAAGCAUACUUAUCUUCUAGGGGUAAAUACGUACCAGGAGUAGUCAUGAAGGAUGCUUGUUUAGCUACCUGUAAACGAAAAUGCACAGAAAAAUUUUCCUAUGAAGAGAGAUUGUCGAUUUUUCGAAGAUAUUACCAGUUAGAAUCCUAUGAAAGAAAACGAGACUUUAUUAAUGGCCAUACAGAAAAGAAAGAUAAAAAAUGGCAUACUGCAGAACAGUCCAGACGUCAAAAAACCAUUUUAUUCUAUUUACCUAAAAAUUCGAAUAGAAUCCAGGUUUGUAAAACCAUGUUUAUCAAUACCCUGGGAAUUCGAAAAGGAAUUGUAGACAUAGCUAUGAAAAAGAGAACUGAAGAAAACACGACUUUGGUAGACAAUCGGGGAAAACAUACAAAAAAGAUCACGUCACCUGCUAUCCUAGCAAGUGUAAAAAACCAUAUUGAGAAGUUCCCUGUAGUCAGUUCACAUUAUUGCCGUUCAAAAACACAACGGAAAUAUUUAUCCUCAGACCUUAACAUCACCAUUAUGUAUUCAUUAUACAAGAAAGAAUGCGGUGAAAACAAUCAAACACCAGCUAACUCUGCCAUUUAUAGAAAGGUAUUUUCAGAGGAAUAUAAUCUUGGCUUUUACCGACCUCGUAAAGACCAGUGCCGGGUUUGUAUGGCCUACAACUCCCCCUUAAGCGAUAAAGCAUCUAUGGAAACCGAAUAUCUCACUCACAUAGCAGCCAAGAACAGAGCCCGUGAUGAAAAGAGAUUAAGUAGACAGUUAGCAGAAAAUUCUAACGGUACACUCAUAAGUUGCAAUUUUGAUCUUCAACAAGUUCUUUUGGUACCAAAUGACCCAACAAAUAACGCUUUAUUUUACAAACAAAGACUAAAAGUAUUUAACUUCACCAUUUAUAAUACAGUGUCUAAACAGGGUGAUUGCUUCAUGUGGACCGAGGUUGAAGGAAAACGAGGCAGCUGUGAGAUUGCCACUUGUUUAUACCAAUACUUUGAAUCUUUGCCGGAACAAGUAACUCAGGUUCAGUGUUUUAGUGAUAGAUGCGGUGGACAAAAUUUAAAUAAAAACGUCGCUAGUAUGUGCUUAACAGCUGUUCAACAUAUUCCACAUUUGGAAAGCAUUGAACUAAACUUUCUAGUUUCCGGCCAUAGUGAAAUGGAGUGCGACUCCAUGCACUCAGCCAUUUCAACAGAGUUCAAAAGAGUAGGCAAAACACAUUUACCACAAGAUUGGAAAACAAUUGCUAGAUGUGCCCGGAGAAAAGGAGAUAAACCGUACAUCAUUCAUAACAUUACUCACGAACAAAUAUUGGAUUGGAAAAAUCAUGCGGAUAAAAUUUUAAUUUUCAGAGGUAAGGACGAAAGUGGGCAGCAAGUAGCAUGGCAGAAAAUGUGUUGUAUGUUCUUUUCUAAAUGUGAACCAUCCAUUAUGAAAUUUAAAGAAAACUUUAACGAAGAAUUUAGAACUUUAAAUUGCCAGAGAAGGACAAAAUCGACUCAAAAUAUAACUACAAUAAUGCCAUAUCCUUUGUAUAAGGACAGAAUCCCUAUUAGUCUGGAAAAAUACAAGGAUCUAUUGACAUUGUUUAAUACCAAACCUCCCGCAAUUCCUCUGGAAAAUAAGGAUUAUUUUGAAAACCUGCCUUUUAAAGCAACAGGAAGAGAAGUAUCAAGUGAAUCUGACAUAAGUGAGACCGAGUGA